AUGAUAUGUUUUGCAAACAUAUUUGCAGAGCUUUUUAGUGAACAACAGAAAAAAACAGUGACCAAAGACUCUUCACCAAUUGGCACUGAAGACUCUUUGCCAAAGAAACCUGCAGAAACAAGCCAAAGGAUUCCUGAGUCUUCUUUAGAUGACCAAAGACUGCAAACAAGCCCCACUGUGGAAACAUCAGGCCUAUCAUAUCAUGCAAAUUAUACAGACCACACGCUGCAGUCAAGCUCAUCAUUUCCAACCUUACCACCACCUCCACAACAUCUUUAUCCAUUCCAAUACCCCCCGACCCCUCCCCCAUGGGACUUACCUCUGGUACCAUCAACGCAUGCAACACUUCCAACAUACAUGCAAAAUUUCCCUCCUCUACCUCUCCCUCCUCCACCACCACCACCACCACCCCCUCUUUCCAGUGAGCCAUCUGUUCAAGACAAUUUUAAGACAAGUGAAGGAAGUCAACAAGAAAGGCCAUUUACUGUUUACAUGUCACAAGUCAUGAUUGGACCACAACUUGAGGAAGGGUAAGCUAUACGUAGCUGUAAAAUUUGGUGAUAAUUGAAAUUUCUGAUUAGCUAAAAUCUGGGCUGGCUAAUUUUUUUCUUGCCAAGCUAACACUGGAUGAGGGUGCAUUUGAUUGGGAAAUCUGGAUUUCUGAUUUAAUUUGUAAUCAAAUGCAAAAACUGGAAACAAAUUUUAACUUUGAGAAAUUUGUCCAUUUCAAUAAGAAAUCCAAAUUCAAUUGGAAAGGUUAGAAAUCUGAGAGAACAACAGUACUAAAAGUGACUUUUUGCAUUGUACAGUGACAAAUUCGCCCGGGAUAAAGGAGUUAACUUUUAUUGUCUCUUUCUUCUUUUCAGAACAUCUUCUAAUCAUGCUUCCUUGGUAAGAAUAUUUUUUUUGCUUACUUUUUUCAAAUUUUUUUUUUCAAAAUCGUAAUAACAAUAUUGAAUAAGGAGAAUGACUAUCAUUAUACAGUACAUUGUAUAUUAAUCGUGUUUAUACUUUUAUACAGUCUUAUUGCAUUUCUUUUAACAAUGAAGUCACAGACUGAAGCCUGCACAUUUAAAUGAAACCUCUUCAGUAGUACUUUCAUGUGAUACUAUUUAUUUUAAUAGUGUGCAGUUCUAACUAUUGAGUCUGUGAACGAAAUCCUAUGGUGUGACCAUGUAUUAAAAAUUAAACCAUUUUGGUAGUACUUUCACUUGGUACUAUUCUGUUUUCAGCAUUUCAAGACAUGGAAUUUGGAAAUCUGUUGAAUUUUGACUUCUGGCACUUUUCUUUGGGAGAAAAACAGUUAACAUGUGCAUUGAUUUUGCUUGUGUCACCUAAGAUGUCUGUUUUACUGAGAGCUAAAAGACUUCCUUACCAAAUCUAAGUAAUAUGAAUGUAUUUGUUAUCUGUCGUGUCUUCAGCUUUGUUAUCACCAAACCACUUUCAAUUGUUUUGAAAUUUAUUUUCCAAUUUUCCAGACUGGUAAUGAAUCACUUGAUAAGACUGCAAUUUCUAUCAGAAAUAGAAUACACAAGGUAAUGUCUUUAUUGUUAUGAAAAUAUCAAACAAUAAAAAAGAAACCUUCCCUGUCUUUCUGUUAUUAUUCAUUAUCAUCUUCUAAUUUUUGUUAUUAUUAAUUUUAGUUCCCUUCCAUCCUGGUUCUCCUUGCUUGCCUUUCUCCUGCUUCGCAUUUGAUGGGGCUCCAAGGCUUUACUUUGAUGAGCACCCAUUUAAGUUUAUAUUUUUUCCUAGAGUUAUUCAGAAUGUCAGAUUUCUUUGCAAAGAGAUGUUCACACAGUGUUUUCAAAGCUUUCACACAAGUGAAGAUGUGAUGGCCUGUCAACAUGUUGCAGUUUCUUACAAUGACAUCAUUACAAAAUUUCGUUUCUGCCAAUCAGCAUUUUGCAUCCACUUUUUUGAUGCAGAAAAACAAAAUCCUGAGAUGUAACUGCAAGCUUUCGUUUCUUUCUUUCCCCCCUUCCCCUGCACCCAGCUUGCAUGCUAUUGAUGGAACUAAAGUGAAACCCUGUUCAUGUGACCACUAAGGAGCAAUAAAAAUGUAUCAGGUUAACGAGGUUUUCAGAGGACUGUGCUUGUAUUUUUUGUCAGUAUUUAGACCAAACAAAUGCGGCCAUAUUAAAUGACGAGGCAGUUGCAUAAAUGGGGUGGUUUAUAACAAAUUUAUUCUGUGUUUUGUUCUCUCCUGCAGUUAUCAAGAACUCACGAAGAGACAACCGCUGCUACUACAGAAAAUAUUCACAUAGUUCAGGUACAUUCUAUGUAUUAAAUGAUUGAAGAGAAGGUAGCUUACUGGUAUUUAAUGAUACAGUGCAUCUUCUGCCCUGUGAGCCAGUUAUCAUACCAAGUUAGUUUAUUAAUGUUCGUUGUCAGCAGUCUGUUUCUACAUUCACAUGUACGGUAAAUCUUCUCUCCAAUAAUGGACACCACACAAAACAGACCUUACUGUUUUUUUGACUCUCUAUAAGUGGGUUAUUCUCUUUUACACAGUUAUCACCAUGAUUAUUAUUAUUAUUAUUAUUAUUAUUAUUAUUAUUAUUAUUAUUAUUAUUAUCACCAUCACUGUCACCACUACCAGCAUCAACCACCACCAUCAUUACCCUUAUCCUCAUUUAUUUACUUAUUUUAUUUAAUUUAAAUGUGAAGUUUUGCAAUCUAGAUACCCACAGGUAGGCAACGCAUACCUGAAGGAAGGAUCACAAACUAACAAGUCUCCAAUCUUUAGAGCUAAAUAAUGCUAGACAACGUUACAUAUCUUUUUCAAUUUACCAACAUUGGCCAAUGACGCAGCAUUGUAUAUAAAGAAGGUAGUAUUUCUUUUUCAUUUUUUCUUCGAUAGAAUCCUGAAGAAUCAGCUACAUCGUCAGUCCCGGCAAAAAGGAAGAGGAAGAGGAUUUGAAAAUCUGAAAAAAGAAAAUUGGCAAAAUCUUGCAGCCCACCUUUCGCUCUGUGGUGGCAAAGUGCUCCAACAGAUACUGAGUUAAAAGUCGUGUGAUUCACUCUUCUCAACCUUCUAAGGGGUCACUAGAUCUUGAUGACUUUUUCCAAGUCAAACUCUUGCUGUUAUUUUAUUCAUUUAACUCUGUUGUGGGGCCGUGCUGGUCAUUUGCUUAAUAAAACUAGCGUCAUGCAGACUUUCAGCUGGAGAGGUUUCAUUUCAUUUUGUAGCCUUUUGCAAUUCCAGCGUUAGAAAUACAAUAUUAAUUUACAUGACUCCAUAUUUUACUCUGCCAAGAGGUUGGAAGAUUGUGACAUGGUACACAAAGAAAAACUUAGACCAGGUGAAGCACUGAAGGACAAUGGUGGAGAAAGACAUAAAUGAGUUUCGGUGAAACAACUGAACUCCUGCUUUGCAGCCAGCCAAAAGUAAAGCUCAAUUGAUAACAUUUUGUUUUCUUCUUGUGCCACCCAUUGCGUGAUAAAAAUGACGACGACGAUGUGAUCGUGAGAUGAUGGUGAUGAUGAUAAUGGAAAUGAUGAUGGUGUUGAACUUGAGUAGUAGGAUGAUGAUGACGACAACGAUGACGAUGAUGAUGUUGAUGAUGAUACUGGUGCUGGUGGUGGUGUUGGCGACCCGAGACAAGCAUUAGGAUGAUGAAGAUGACGAUAAAAUUGCAAUGAUAAUGAUGACGACGGCGAGGAUGAUGAUAACGACGACUAUGAUGGCGUGUGUAAAUGACGUUGACAUUGCAAUGACGAGGAAGACGACGACGAGGAUUACGAUGACGAUGAGGAGGAGGGUUUUGACGAUGAGGUCAAAGGCGGCCACGAUCGCACCAAAGACUAGGUACAGGGGUAGGAACAGGAUAAAGGCGAUGCCCCGAGCUAUGAUCUCGUCUCCUCUCGUCAUGAGGAAUUACAGCUUUACAAGCAGGUAUUACAAUAUUCCAACCAACUUAAGCCGAGUGGCACUUUGGGAAACUUCCUUUCUUCUUCGCCAGAUCCUGAUAUUAUCAGGGAGAACCACGAGAAACCCCUGGAAGAAGAAUUAACAAUUUUUAUCUCAAAGUCGUAAGUAUUGAAGGAGGUUGAGCCCUCUCCAGAUUGCAAAAUGCUAAAACUUCUAACAUUUGGUAACUUGUUCCCACCACUAUGACACUCUGGCUAAAACUCGUAAUAGAAUGACGACGACUACCGCAUUUUCCCGGAAAAAUGACGCUGCCUCACGCGCGAGCACUACUUACGAUUGAGAAAAUCUCGUACUCGUAGUCGUUUUCGUCUUAGAAUCUAAAGGUUUCUUUUAAGUAAAGGCAACGUUCACACCAAACCGGUUACCUGAAUAGCAAUCCGGUAAAUUAUCAGGGGCGGAUCCAGGGGGAGGGUUGAGGGGGUUGCAACCCCCCCCCCCCUUCCUUUGGGAAGUUUCCGAGCUUGUUUGGUUACAGCUGGAUGAUGAAGAAGAAGGCAUAAUGGGAGAAGGACAUUUCAUUUCCCAAAUCCCUUGGAAAUGAGGUACGUAGAUGGAAAGCACUCUAGCUGUCAACAGAUGAGAAGCUUCCAAACAACCUUUUACUAGCAAUCGGUGAUUUCGAUGAAGAUGAUUUCUCCAACAUCCAUCGCCUUCUGGUCAGUGUCUGAAGACACCUGCUGAAAAGCGAUUCUCUGAUCUCGCAGUGAUCGCCAUGCAAUCGUCGAGGUAGACGAGAUAUGAAUAGUACCUCAAAUUCCUCUGAAAUCCAAAAUAAAACUGAAAUCUACAUAUUCAGACGUAACCCGAACUCUAACCGUUCCCCCACCCACCACCUCUUCCAUUCCUUUGGCCCUGGGACGUUUGCCUUGAACUCUCAUACUUACAACCCCCUUUUUGGAAAAAUCCUGGAUCCGCCCCUAAUUAUGAACAGCAACGGCACGGAACUGCAACAAGUCGUUCACUGACACCGAACACCGUAACGGAGCGGUUGGCCGACAGGGCUUGGUGCACUAAAUCCCAGCCCUCACUCCUGAAUAUUAACUUCCGUCUCAGCGGAUUCCAGUCCUCGCUCCUACUUGUUCACUUCCGCUACGGCCUGAAUAUCCGUUCACAUUAUACCAAAGUGUGGCACAGAACCUCUCGGAUAUGUGACGCUCCACUUUCGAGAUCAGCGCGGCGCAGCUUCGUUCCGGUACAGAAAUCGCGCCAAAAUCACCGUGCCGGUGCAAGAACUAUCCAGUAUGUAGUGAACGUAGACUAAGCUACCAUAAAAAACGGCGAGUACGCCACUAAAAUCGGACUGUGCAAUUUUAAAAUGUCAUAUUUCUCAUUUUUUUUUUUUCUUCAAUUUGAAUUUUUCAGGAUGUGAAUAAAGUCGUAGUCGUGCAGGACUGGACGUCAAAGAAAUGUAAUAAAAAGCGUGAUGCACGUGCAGAGUUGUUAAUCGUUGAUGACGUCAUUAUUUUUAUUACAACUACCUUCAGUUUGUUGUUUUCUUGUGCAAAUUAACUAUAAACCACAGCGGAAACGGAUUGACAAAUUUAAUAAACGGAAGAAGGCAAAACGAAAUGAAUUCUGACAAUUGUAGUCAAAUGUCAUCGUUAAAUUGGCCCAUUGUUUUCUGAGGUGGUCUUUGCCGUUGUAGUCAUGUAUGCAUUUUUGCUGGGUUAAGGUGAUUCCCUAGUAAAAGAACCUAACAUAGAUUGUAGAUGAAACUUGGUACACUGAUUUAACAGGUCAAGAAGAUGAUAAAAAGGUAAUAAAAAGUGGGGGUCACCGUGCUCGUUUUGACGUCACAAUGCUGACAAAUACAGCUAUUUUGGACCCUUUGACAAAAACCGCGCUCAGCCCAAAACUAGACAAAAAGGAACGAUUUUUUCAAUGAUGCAUGUGGUAUCGCACAGAAUUUGACUUUAAUGUAUUGUUUAUCCACUUACGUACCAGAAAAAUGCUUUUUAAUGCCCUUGUUUUUACUUUACGCUCCAAAGUAGAAUUAAAUUAGACACGCGCUAUUCAACACGUGAUAGCUUAAUCCGUACAAUUUAGUAAAAUUGCUAAAAAACUGAACAUAGAUUUGUGCCAAUUUUUUUCUCACCUAAAGGAAGCACUGUCCUUAUUAAAAUCAUGAAAUAAAAAAUGGGGGUCACCGUACUCGUUUUUGCGGUAGAGCUGCAGAAAGUGCGCACCAAAUGCAUUUUCCUUGAUUUUUGAGAGAGGACUGGGGCGAGUCUCAAAAUAGAAUGUAUGCGAAAGGGGGAAAAAAGUAUUAAAAAAUCCGUUUUUACAGAAUUUACAUCGAGAUAUCAAAUUUAGGACACAAUGUGAUAAAGAAAACGUUUAAAUGAAAAUCAAAGUGAAUAAGCACAAAUUAAACAUCCACUAUCGAGGUUCUCCGUGAGGAAGUCGAACACAGCAACAUGCGUACUACUUACGUUAUGCACAUUCCCAACACAUUGAGUCUCAGGUCAUUGUGGUUACCAAGUAGGGGACGGAAAGUAUAGCUGGCGGGUAUUAUCACCCUAGGGAAAGCAAUUUCCAUGGUGCUAGGAUCUUUUACGAUCUUCCUCUGAAUACAGAAAAUAUAUGGCGGUAGGAUGUUCCGCCUCCUAUUAACUUCCCAGUGCUAGGAUCUCCUCUCUCCCACCUCCCCCCUCCCCCCCUGUAAAUAGCGCCUAAGCUCCUUUCCUUACGGAAGAGCAGCCAGUACGGGGUUAGGUUGUCCGGUCAAACGUACUCGUGCUCGGAGUCACCAAAAUUUAACAAAUUGAACAAAUUGAACGGCCCAACUCCACACGUGGCCUGAAAAUUUAUCCGGAGUGGUAUACACUUCCCUACGACUUGGAAUCAAAAUUUUAAGUUUUCAUUGAAAUUACGUAUAAAUGUACAGGUUACUUAUCCUGCCUGUACAAUGUCAAAGCCGACGCGGAAGCCAACAACAACAAACUCUCCAAAGCAAAUGAAGAGCGUGGUGAUCACAUGGUUUAAACGUGAAAAUGAGGCACGACUUUUAAAAGUGAAAAUGAGGUGUUUGCUUGUUCUGGGUUUUCGCAGAGCCCGCUUUCCUUUUUGGUCAGCACUUAGAAAAGACGAGAUCUUCGGACCGGAGUCCCAAAGCCUCUACUGUUGGGACAGGAUAUUGAAGGGCUAAACCGCCACAGACAAUUUUACGACAGUAACGAGGAAACCUCGUGCCAGUUCCAGAAGCAUUUCGGAUUAGCCAGAAAGUGUCAGCAGUGAGAAUUUAAAAUGCGUCUGCAACCCCAUUUGGUCAUGUACUAAGCAUUUUGUUCUUGGUACUGACCAAUACGAAAUCGGCGCCCAGGGACAAGAUGGUUGAGAAAGAAGAUUGUACUUCCAAUAAACAAAUAUUAUUAUUGUUAUUGUUAUUGUUAUUGUUAUUGUUAUUGUUAUUGUUAUUGUUAUUGUUAUUGUUAUUGUUAUUGUUAUUAUUAUUAUUAUUAUUAUUAUUAUUAUUAUUAUUAUUAUUAUUAUGGCAGUACAAACGUCUAGAUGCCCAGAGUAAAAAACAAAAGCUUUGGCUGGGCGGCAAACUGUAACCAGCCGCAAUGUCGACUAAAAUUUGUAGUAACAAUUAUACAAUAAUUUGCGCAAAAAAAAAAGAACUGGGUAAAAAUGAUUUGAUAAAAGUGUCAUAAGAAAAUCCUACAAGCUUUAUGGACGUCUUAAUUAUAUAAUAAAAAUGUUCAUAAGUUAAAAAUCAUCGUUCAUGUAGCUGUCCAUUUAAUAAUGAGAACGUCUAAGGCAUGUCAAUAAAAUUUCGAUAAUGUACAAGAUUAAGUAUCUGUUAAAAUAGGUGUCCAAAAUUCCUAUAGAUAUCUACCCGCUCAGCUUGAACAUUCUUGCUAUGUGUAAUGAACUAGACAGGAUUGCCUUUUGCAUUUGGUGCAUAAUUGAUUCACACUUGUCUCCUACAAGCUCUUUUACAUUUUCCUCAACCUCUUUCGAACAGCCUACAACGACAUCCAUGAUGAGGUUAUACUGAUUGACCUUGUACUCAGGAUAUCGGUUCGUCAGCUCUAGUCUCAAUUGACUGUACUUCGUUGUUUUCUCGAAAGCUUUAGUCACUUGUGUCAAACAAAGAAUUGUGGGUAGAAGAAAAAUAAAUAGGGAGGGGGAGGGGAGGGGUAAGAUAGUAAGUCUGUUUACACCCACUUCUACACAAGUCCCUAACCACAAAACAAGCCAAAAAAAAAAACGACAUAAGCAAACAACACAGUAAACAAGCUAUUAGACAGGGGAAAUUGAGGAAAAUUACAAAAUGUUUGCUAACCUGGUUUUCACAACUCCAGGUAUAAUUCUAUUGAUUAUCUAAAAACCGGUCUGUUAAAAUUUGGUCAAAUGGGUUUCAAAUGGUAAUGAUCAAUUAUAGUAAGCUGUGUGCAAGUUUAUAAAAAAAUCUAAUACGCGAAUUUUAUGUAAACUGAGCAAACGCAAAAUUUUAAUGUUGAAUUCAAUCGUUCAUGUUGCCAUGGAAACUACGAAAACGUCACAUUUUGCCCGUCAGUCAAAAUCUUUUAUCAGUAUAUUUUUCACUUGCCAAGUUUCAACUUUUUGAGCUGCAACCUUUCUCAAGAUUGGGAAAUAACAUAUACUCACAAACUGCCAAAACUGUGUUAACCUUAAGUUAAUGAUUAAUGAAACUAAGAAUACCUCCGCAAAUGAAUGGUGCUUUGAUAAAGGCUGUGAAAAAUCGCAUUCUGCAGUAAUUUUGGCUUUCUCCACCGGUACGUCUUCGUUGAGAAAUAAAAUACAAGCACUUCAACUAUAAAUCGGGCCAUUUGAACUAAGAGGUCAUGUGGCAUCAUUUUUAUAAAAAUGAAAGUUAUAUAUUUUGCCUUCAAAAAACGAUUAGUAGGUCGUAUCUUAAACAAAAUGAUAGUGAUUUAGUUUUUCCAACCCGCACCAUUUUCUUAAAAUGAGUAAGUUCGUAGCUGGUCACGUGACUACAAUGUGAUUUUUUUUGGAACUAAGAAUUACCUCUUUCUGAACAAAAAUUUUGCACAGUACCACCCCCCCCCCCCCCCCCCCCGCCCGGCGGUUCCACCACCUUUUUAAAGGCAUAGCACCAAAAAUUAGGAAAAAAAAACCAACACGGCUAAAAAACCCCCCUGCAAACAAACCAAAAUAAUAAUAUAAUUCUUUUUUCCCUCACACCAAUUCUUCUGUUACCCCCCCCCCCCCCCCCCCUCCCGGGCCGGAAGUUCCAGCUCGUUUUGAACGGCAUUGACCGAAAAGUGUAGCAUAAUCAUCAGCUCAGUGAUAAAACCCGCUUGGAAAACAACUCCAAAGUUCAUGAUCAUUCUUUUGCCGAACUCAAAUAUUCUCGUGUAAUCAUCUUGUUGACCUUGAUGGAACCGGUGAUGCACGUGAUUGCCAUAUGACAAUUGCUUAUGACGUAAAUAACGCGAGCUAAAUUAUUCAAGAUGGCGCAGAAAAUGCAGACGUACGACGAAACUCGCUUGCUGAAAAGGUCACCCUUGAGUACCACAGGAACCCCAAGUGAGUACCACAGGAAUCCCAAGAUUAUGUGUUGCGUUCGACGUUAGGAAUCUAUUUAACCGUAGAGUUCCAAUAAUUGCGACAAUAUUCUGCGAAACGUAACGUCUCAACACACCACAGAACAGGAUUUCCCCGGCCGCGAUAAUAUUUACUCAUGCUACUCGAGUGAUUUUUAUACUACUACGUGAGAAAUUUCUUCAAUUUGAUUGGCUUAGAGCAGUCGUAUUUCAGCUUAAUUUGAAAUACCUCAGUACAUGUGAAAAUUACAAAACCUUUGCGGGUAGUAGUAUAAACAAAUAAUAGCAUGAUUUAUACGUGAUAUUUGGCAUAAAUACCACUCGUGAUAUUUCAAAAUUGUCACCAUUGCCAAACGGCGUAUGCUCAUCACGAGACUCAUUUGAAGUCGUCAAGAUUCUUAUCCCCAGUUUCCACGGUCUCCGCUAGGAACGCCUGGGACCAUAGCCGACCAUUUGGGGAAGACACACGAAAAAAAGAAGAAGAAGAAAAAGAAACGCCAGCAUUUUUAGAGUCUCAAUCUGCUAAAGCAAGCUUGACUAACAAGGUUCUCAGAUAACUGUACUUGUACUUUUCUUCUUUAAAAUGAACAAAUGUGAUCAUAUUAACCUUUUAAGCUCCAAAAGGGACUAACAUCAAUUUUCUCCCAACAAGAUCCGUGCAUCAUCGUCAAGAGAAAAUGUUGUGCAAUAAAAUGAUCAUCAAAAGGAAAAAUGCUUUGAUCUAAUUGUCUGUCAACUAUUUCUGCAGGGAAUGUAUGGAGGUGAUCCUGGAGAAUUUGUUUGUGGAUAUUGGAGUUUAAAGGGUUAAAAUAAUAUUAAUAAUGACAAUGGCACGAUUUAGUUAUUAUUGUUCUGGCCCCGGUUGUUCAAACGUCGGAUAGCGCUAUCUACCGGAUAAAUCACUAUCCAGCGGAUAGCGUAAUUGAUUUCCGUAAUACUUAUCGGCUGGAUAGUGAUUUAUCCGGUGGAUAGCGCUAUCCAACGUUUGAACAACCUGGGCCUGGUUUUUUGCUCUGUUACAGUUAUCAAGACCUAAAACACAAUCAGCUUCUGGAACAGCAAAUGCUUAUCUUAUUAUUAUUAUUAUUAUUAUUAUUAUUAUUAUUAUUAUUAUUGCUAUUACUACCACUUCCACUGGAGUAACCUUUGUUCUUACACCCCAAAAGUUUCGAACUUCUUUUGCAAUGAUACUUUGUAACUUUCUCAUCUUCCUUUCCUCUCACCAAUCCAUUCUCCAGAAUUUCCACAUUUAUGAUUUGACCGCUUUUAUUUCUCUUGUCAAUGCUCACCAAAUCCGUUUUUUUGGCCCCAAUUUCAUCAUGUUCAAACACACAGUCCUCAAAAGUUUGUAGAUGACAUUUUCAAGCACAUUUUUUCUGAGGCUUACCAUCUUUCGUUCUGCUCGAUCCAUAAUUUCCAGCCAGAUUCCAAUAGAUCGCCUUACCCACUUUUUCAGUCAAUUAAUACUUUAAGUCAUGUCCUGUCUCGAGACGUUAGAAUCAGGACCUUUGACAAAUGGUAGCUGUUCCAAAAAGUCAGCUCUCUAUUCAUCAACGUGACACUUCCAUUUUUGGUUUUACCGCAAACUCGUCACAAAGUUUUAGAGCAAAAAAACCCUAGACACUCAAUGCUAAAUAUCUUAUUUGAUUUCUAUAUAUUAGUUUAUAAGACUAAACAAAGAAUUCAUAUUUGUUUUUUAUUUUAAUCGUUAGAGUCCUGGCCCCAGUUGUUCAAAUAGUGGAUAGUGCUAUCCACCGGAUAAAUCACUAUCCAGUGGAUAACGCAAUGGGCUCCCCUUAUAUUUAUCCGCUUCCAACGUUUAAACAACCGGGGCCUGGAGAAUCCACUACGUCAUCAGUCCUAGCAAAGAAGAAAAGGAAAAGGAUGUGAGAAGCUGACAAAAUUCUGCAGCGUAUUUGUCGCUUCUCGUGCUGGCAACGAAUCCAAAAGCUGCGAAGCCAAACGUCUUGUGAAUCAUUAUAUCAAUCUGUUUAACCUUGUAAGAGCUAGUUCACUAGCCCAUAUCUUGUUCCAAGUUGAGCUCUGCUGUUAGUUGUCUAUUCAUCUCUGUAGUAAAGUUGUGGUGGUCAAAUGUGAAAAUGAUAAAGGAAAAUAGCAUCAGGCGUGGAGACUGCCACCUGAAGAGGUUUCAUUAAAAGGUAAUAUCUUGUAACUCCAGUGCUAGAAGUACAAUAUAUACAUUACACCGUAUAGUCAACUCUGCUGGGAGGUUGGAGGAUUAACAGGGAAGAAAUCACUCAGUUUAAUUUUGACCGCGGGAACGGAUAAAGUAAUAAAAGAUAAAUUAUAUAAUGGCGAAUAUCUUGAUUUAUCAUCAUCACGACGGCGAGGAUGAUGAUAAUGUUGACGACGAUUUUGAUGGCUAAGGUGAAUGAAGUUAUCAUAGCAACGACAAAAAAGAUGAUCAGGAGGAGAAUUAUUUUGAUGCAUAACAUACAUAUAACAGUAAUGAUCGCUUCCAAAAAUGCCUCAGCGAUUGCCUGAAAGAAUCCCUCUAUCGAACGUUUGAGAAGACCGUCGUCGGAGUUGCCAAGGUUGUCGGGCAUGAUGAUUUACCGCCUACCCCGUACAGGUGUUCUAAUCAGAUAUUCCAAUCGGCUUGAGCCAAGUUGCACUUGAGGGAAUUUCCUCUUUUCCUUUUCAAAACCUGAUGUCAUGUGGAAGAAAAACCAUGAGGACCUUCAUGAGGUAAAGUUGUUGCAUGCUAUUCACGUUUUGCUAAUACUAUGUACUUGUUGACUUAGUGGGAAGGCCAGACGGGAAAAUAUCUGGCUCGAGGUCAGGACGUACGGACCAAGCGCGAAUGCCAAGGGCGAACCUGCAUCGAUCAGUACGCUUUUUUAGCCGGGCCGUACUCGUUUUUCCAGCCCUAGCAAUUAGGGAGUUUUAGCAUCGACGACGGCUACAGCAGCGAAAACGUCACUUUUAAACUAAGUCAAACUUUAUCUCGUUUAUUCCAAUUCGCUGAAAAUGUCAAAUGUAGGCAAAUUUCCCUAGAUUUGAUUUCUUGGGGACCACACUCAAGUUUAGAAAGAGAAAGAAAAUUUCUUCGUCGCUUGUUUACGUCCUCCAUAAAACGUGAAAUUAGGCAUUUUCACGUCGUAGUCAUGCAGCAACGGCGAAGAAAUGUACAAAAAAGCUUGAUGCACGUGCAAAUUUGCUGUUUUGCUCAAUAAACCUAUUGCUGUUUUGACGUUCUCGUUGCCGUCGCCGUCGUCGUUGCUAAAACUCCCUAUUGACGCGUACGGCCCUCAUUUGGGACUUUUUUCAUAUGGUUUUCCAACGAAAUCCACCGUACCUAAAAAGAUGGCGACUGGUACAUUUACCCACAGUUCUUAGCGCAUGAAAACAAUAAAAUUGCUCAUAAAAACGCAGAGAAAAGUUUUAUAAACUUCAAACCUAGGAUAGGCAAUGUUGCUAUUACAUGGACGAAUUUCGCACCCCCAAAAUAUGACUUUAUGUGUAAUUGGCGGUGUUAGGUUCGAAAGGAAUUGUGGUAAAAUGUACAGCCGCCAUAUUUUCCCUACGGCGGAUUGGGCGCAGGGCCAUACAUGUCAUAUAAUAAAUUAAGGUAUCUAUCUGUUGUCUAUAAAAUUUCCGCACUGUAUGCUUAUUAGAAGUCAAGUAAAAUUAGACUCGUUGAUUUAUAUUAUAUUUCUUAUAUUUUUCUUCUUAUUUUCAAUUUGAAUUUUUCAGGGUGUGAAGAAAAAACAAGCACUCCUUCUUAUUAGACGAUAUGGCGACGCACAUAAUAAACUUAUAUCUCAAAAGCUUUUUUCAGUGCUGUACGGUUAAUUAACUUUGAAGUUUUUUUUUUAACUAAUUUAUUUAUUUAUUGAUGAAAAAAUGGUAGUUCGAUUGAUCGUCUCCACUCAUGAUCACAUGGUUAGCAGCUAUCGGAGCAAAAAAAGGUUUUUACAUGAGAAAAGAGGCCAGUAGCCUCUAAUUUCAUUUAACCCCUAUAUGUCGCAGCUCUUUUGUUUUCGGGCUAGGUUCGAUUGCUAACUUUGUUCUUUCAUGGUUUUCCCAACCUAUCCCGCGAGGCCUUGUUACAGCUGCAAGGCUCCCCAACAUGGCGGCCGUUCAUUGUUUUGUACACUAAGGGCCUGUUUACAAGGAGAGAGGGUUACCCUUGUGCUAGAGUUAAAGUCAGCUCUAGUUUAAAAGCCAAUUUCACAGGUAGAGUUACCCUAUCACCCGGCUUUAAUGACGUGAUUCUUCAUGCGUGACAUUCUUUGUAACGUCCAAGAUUUGAAAUAAAACUUGAAGUUCUCUAUGGAAAACACAUUAAUUUUACGAAAAAAAACCGGAAAAUAUUAUCAUCGUAUGCAGGAAAUACCUUAUAUUGUUCAGACUUUUAUAAUUUAGCUCAGAAAUUGGAUAAUUCCGUUCAAAUUGUCAAGAUUACUGGACACGCAUGACAGAGGAAAGUUGUCCCGGGUAAGCGAGUUAUCCCUAGCAGAGCAUUUAAAAGGCAGGUAGGCUCUUGCUAGGGUAAAUAAGAGGGAAUGUGCGAGUGCUAGGGUAACCAGGGUUACCCUUCCUCCUUGUAAACAUGGGCCGUGAAAGGGCGAUCUAUAGGUCUUCUCCGCGAAAUACUGCAAUACUCUUUAAUAUGCAAGCUGAGCCACACCGGUGGAUAUUUAAAGAAACUUUAGGCUUAUUAUUCUAAUUACAUGUAGCAAGAAAUGUUAAGAAGGUUCAAUUCUCAAUUCUCGCUUGGGUCUCAAAAGGUGACCGUACUACGGAAGAGGAAGAAACCGUGUAAACUAGUUGGAAUUACAGAUUAACGAAAAGCGGUGGGGGUUUUAUUAGGAAAAUUAAAUAACUACGACGACAGAGACAAUCUCAAGCACAAUUUGCUUUUUGAGAAAAACAACAACUGUUCACUGUCCAGAUUCGAGUGGACAUGGCGUGAGUUGCAUUCUUGUUUGUAACACUUAACUCCUGAGUAUAUUGGGCUGCCGGUGAGAGCAACGUCCAGUCAAGAAUUACCAUCCGUCUUUGUCGAAAAAAGACAACAUAGCGGACGAAACUCCCAGAAGCUGAGUUUGCGUGUCCCAUUCCCCCCUUCAAUUUGGCGCGGAGGGGACGGGUCAUUUCAGGUCGUCUGGCGAACAGAUUUUGUAAGUCGAUUUGAAACGAACACAAAAUUAUUGCGUAGAAUUUACGCUUAAUGAUUAUCUAAAUACAAUAUUCGGAUGAGGUAGUUAGCCUGUACGGGAGCUGCAGAAACAAUGCCCUCUGCCAGUCCUCUUGGGUAAAGCUUCAGCUUCAUCUUGCGUUUGUAAAGUCUUUCCUUUUAACACAAUAAAGGGAUAUGCUAUUUGUAGGUCCCCCGUCAAAUAGAAACAGUCACUUGUAUAGUUGGAUGGGCUUUAGUUGCAAUAUCCGACAGAAACCAAACUGAAAUUUAAUUUGCUUUGCGAGUUUCAAGAAACAGAAAUACUGCUAAAAAAGUAUUUUGAACACCAAAAUUGACCCUUUCAAAUUUUAUAAGGUAGAACAACAACUGUUUCUGGAAUUUCCGGUCUAAUCAGAUUAGUCACGUUAGUAAUGUCAUGCUACAUUUUGGGGGGCAAAGGGAUGGGUGAAGGGGGUGAGUUGUGGAAAUGUCUCUGUUAAAAAUAAUGCCAAUCGUUUCUUUCUUCAAAAGGCUAUCUCUAUCCUAUUCCACGGGUUAGGAGUAGCUAUACACUCAAGACGGUAAAAAGUGUUUCUAUACUUCCCCAAAUAAUAAACCACUGCAUCACGCAAUCGGCAGCCCAAUGAAUCCCCACUAUAUGGGGGUCUUCUUUAGAUUUAAAGUACCCGAACGUAUUAAAGCACAAGAAAAAGAAACGAUUUUUGUUUAUUCCGGAAAUGGUUCACGCCUUUUCAGUACAUUUUAAUAACAAUUCGCCGGGCAGGUUGCCACAUUUGCGUUUUCGGGUUCGUUCUUUAGAAAUAACUGAAAAAUACAAAUGUUUUUUGUUUGCUUGUUUGUUUUAUAUAAACUUACCUUCAUAUCAGUUUCAGCUUUUAAUCAAAGUUAUUUGGUUGUAAGUGGUAUUAAAUGUCAAGUUUAGGUUUGCAGAAGUGAACGCGCGAUUUUCUAAGAAACUUAAGCGGAAACUGGGAAAUGAGAAUUUAAAUCCUUCAGUUCGAUUUCAGUGUUUUUGUAGAAAAUAAAAACAACGAUUUUUAUUUGUCCAUGUUCUUAUAGACCUUAACCUAAAUGCCUUCAAAAUGUUUCAACUUUGCAGUGAAAUCACUCAUCUAAAGAUCUUGGCUUGUUACGAUCAUGUUGAGGUCAUUUUUCUAGGGAACUUUGAUUAGUCUUGCUCGGUACUCCCGCAUAAUUGAAUUUUUUGCCGGACUUCAAAUCGUGAUAGGCUUUUUUCUUGCAUUUUGGUGAAGCAAAAGCAUUAAGCAUUGAUCAGAGUUAUUCGAGCAUCGACGUUAUCCUGGAAAACUACUAUUUUUCUCCGAGCAUUUUAAUGACUUUUUGGGAGAUGUCCGAGUAUUUUAGUUUAAAAAAUGGAGUAUUAAGGUUGAGUAUUUGAGUAGGGGAAACAAAAGAAUAUACAAAAGCUUAAAUCGUGGUCUGCUGGUUGUUGCACGUCAUUACGCAUGAAACAAAGCGUCAUUUAGCUUCUAAAUGCAUUCAGAGCCGUAUAGACUUCCCUGCGUUUUCGAUUUAAAAUGUUAAGUGAUAAUAAAUAUAACGUUUCAAUGCAGAAUGUUACUUACCGUGCGCACAAAAUGUCGAGUUCUCGUACAACAGCCAACCCCGGAUUGCGGAAGCCACCAAACAACAGGCACAACAGAACGUGUGAUCACAUGGUUUUAACGUGAAAAUGAGGCUAGACCUGCGUGAAGACGAGGUAAAUUUGGUCGUUCUGGGCCCAAAGUUCACUUACUUUCUGAUCAGCUCCUUGAGAAAGGAACCUCUGGGACACCCUCAUAUCCAAUGGCCCCAAAUUGCCAGGAUAUAGAGGAACUAACAUAGAUCAACAUAGGUUUGGCGGGAUGCGAGAUAAGCCAUUUUUCGCUGCCGGAAUGCGGGAUGAAAGACAAUUGGAAGGCGGGAUGCGGGAUGUUUAA